AUGGCAAGGAUAAGAAAGGAGAUUGAAGAGGGAUUGGAUAUGUCUGAUGACUCUUAUGAUGUUUAUGAGCCACAGAAUGAGGAAGGUGAUCUUGAGGUUGAAGAGGGCGCAUAUAACGUUCUUGAGUAUAUUUCUCUUGACUGGCCUGCACAGAGCAUUGAUGUUAUGAGGGGAUACACCGUAAUGUUGGGGACGAACCCGGCACCAGGAGAGGGCAAGCCUGGAAUGAUCAGUAUUGAUCUGUUUCCAACGCAUGGAAUGAGCAAACCAGAUAAGAUGGUGAUAACGAAGAAGAAGGUGUCUGAAUCAUACAAUAAAGUGCGAGUGAAUGGAGAGUCGACGUAUUGCUUGUCUGAUGACACGCUGGUGGUGCAUGGGCCCAAAUUUGAGGUGAUACAUACAAAGCGCUAUGAUGAAGGUCUUGGAUAUGGAUUGUGCUUCAAUGGUUCUGGAUGUGUGCUUGGAACUAGGGAUGGGAAGAUAUCGAUGAAUGAUUGGAGAUUUAAUGAAACAGGCACUGUGAAGGUUCACGAGGGAUCGAUUGAGGGGAUUUGUAGUGACGGGAGUAUGAUAUAUUCUGGAGGAUGUGACUAUGCAGUGGUGUUUUUUGAUGUACGUGGCAAGGAUGCAGUAUUCCGAAGGAAGUUCAGUUCGGACAUCAAUGCAAUAGGAUUCAAUGGAGACAAUACGCUUGCAUUUGGAGAUGACGAGGGCACUGUCUGGCUGAUGGAUAUUAGAAAUCAUGAGGUGGAGAAGAUAACGAGGCAUAAGAGCCCGGUCAGUUGUUUGAGAUGGAGAGAUGGAGAGAUUUUUGUUUCAGGCAGUGAUGAGCAGCUGUGCAUCUGGGACGUGUCUCUUGAUGCAUCUGAGGAGGAUGGAUAUCUUCUAUUUGUGCAUCAGGGGCAAAAGUUCUAUAAGGAUGUGGCGUUUUGUAGGGGAGACAGUAAUUUUGUUAUAACUACCAGUGCUGACGGACUGUGUGUGUUCAAUCCGAUAUCUUUUGAUUGUGAAAAGGAGAUGAAUGGAGAUGCCUGA